CUCCACUCCACUGACGUCCUCCCCUCGAGCCUCCUCCUCCUCCUCUCCUCCUCUCCUCCUCGCCUCCUCUCCUCCUCACUCCAGCACCGCCCGCGGUCGACCUGUUACCUACCUAUACGCCUUGCUCAUGGCCACACAACAGCACUGAAGUCUCCCCAGCCUAGUACUACGGAAAUGUGUGGCAUUCAUGCGGUUAUCUCGAGAACAGGCUUCCACGUCCCAAGUGAGAAUUUGAAGCAUUUACUCUGCAACAGAGGUCCAGAUCAUACAGGAGACCACCGCUCCCGGAUUGAUGCUCAUGAUGCAGCCCCUUACUGCAUCACGCUCAUGUCAACCGUGCUGGCAUUGAGAGGCGGCCAUGUCACGCCUCAGCCGUUUGUCGAUGCAUCAAGUGGUUCAGCGCUUUGCUGGAACGGCGAGGCUUGGAAGAUUGGACCAGAUCCAGUUACAGGUAACGACGGUCAAGCUGUGUUCAAUCUCCUCGUUCAAGCAAGUUCUUCCAGAACGCUAGCGUCCGACAGUACUAUUGCUAUCCUUGAGGUGUUGCGAAGCAUAUCAGGGCCCUUUGCUUUUGUCUUUCUGGACAAAAAGCAUGGCCAGCUGUAUUUCGGUCGAGAUCGUCUUGGACGACGUUCUCUUGUUGUCAAGUAUGACCCUGAUCUCAGUAUUCUUGAACUGUGCAGUAUCUCAGGUGAGAAUGGCUCCUGGGAAGAAGUUGAAGCCGGCGGAAUCUAUCGGCUUUCUUGUGACGAAAGCGUCCUGCAAGAAGAGUCUCAGAUUACGACCAAGGACUGGUCCACAAAAAUUGCGCCGACCUACAAACACAACUGGGCCACUGCAGAUUCCGAUGUCUCUGGACUGUCUUUGGGCGUCUUUAAUAUGGCGGUUCCGAAAGAGAAAUUUGUCCUGGAUGGUCAAACUGAUUCUGUUAGACACCUGCGCUAUCUCUUAAGUGAGUCUCUCAACCUCAGAGUUCAGAAUAUCCCACUUCCUCUAAACCAUGAUCUCGAUGUUCAUGCUCGUGUGGCUGUACUAUUCUCAGGAGGACUUGAUUGUACCGUCCUGGCACGCAUGGCAGACGAUAUACUUCCAUUCGACCAGAACAUUGAUCUCAUAAAUGUUGCCUUCGAGAAUCCAAGAGUUGUUCAAGCAGCGAAAAGUAUGGCAAGACCGAGGAAAGGGUCAAACAAGCAUUCGCAGGUCGAUACUCGUAACACUGAGGCUGCUCUUCCGGAGGCGCUCUCGUCGGGCGUCUCCCCGUUCGAGGUUUGCCCAGAUAGAGAAACAGGAAGAAAGGCAUUUCGAGAACUGCAGUGUGUAUGUCCAGCUCGAACUUGGCGAUUUGUCGCAGUCGACGUGCCAUAUUCGGAAACGAUCGCGCACAAGGCAAGAGUUAUUAGUCUCAUUUCUCCACACAAUACCGAGAUGGAUCUUUCUAUAGCUUAUGCUUUGUACUUUGCUGCUCGUGGUGUUGGGACGGCCACGUCGAGCUUAGACGCCACCCCAGUCCCAUAUGCUACACCCGCUCGUGUUCUGCUCUCUGGACUAGGUGCAGACGAACUCUUUGGCGGUUACACUCGUCAUGCAACGGCAUACAAUAGGAGAGGCUUUAUUGGGCUCCUAGAGGAACUGAAACUCGAUGUUGAUAGACUUGGAAAGCGAAACCUAGGUCGUGAUGAUCGUGUUAUAUCACACUGGGGCCGAGAGGCCCGAUUUCCAUAUCUGGAUGAAACUCUUGUUAAGUGGGCUGUUGAAAGCCCGAUAUGGAAAAAGUGCGGCUUCCAAUCAGAACAACCCGGUGAGAAACAAGAACUAAAUAUUGAGCCUGGAAAAAAAGUCUUGCGCCUGCUUGCUUGUGACUUAGGUUUGCACUCUGUGGCAAAAGAGAAGAAAAGAGCCGUAAGUUCCAAAUUGCUCUGGCAGCCAUGUCUGACCAUUCCAGAUUCAAUUCGGCGCAAGAACAGCAAAGAUGGAGUUGGGAAGCACUAAAGGGACAACACUGAUUUCAUGAUCCCUCUGUUCGAGGCUCUAGACAGGCAAUGAUGAUGACCAGAUACUACUGAAAUGCUACGUGUGCCUGCGGAAGCUCAUCUACUAUCGCUUUUCGUGUGUUUCUGUGCAAGCAGUAACCUGGAAGCAGCAGAAUGGAUGCCGUUGGAUAAUGCACUGGCACUCAUGAAGUAGUAAAGGCAAGUCUGAGCCACAUGACUUCCACGAUCCAGCUAUUCAAGUUUACUCUUUUGUUUGCAUGAAAAACUUGGAGAAAGUGGCCUUUGGUUGUCGAUAUAUUGACUGUCGUUUUGGUUCGAAGGUUGCGUCAAAUAAGCCAUCUUCUGGUUAUGACACGGAAGAAAUCAAUAUUCUCCUGUUCUUUAGAAUUCUCUUUCAGUUCUUUUCGUCGCGUCGAAGCCGAGGAUCCCGUCUUACUUAGCUGCGGUUCUCGGCCGGUCCGUUAUUCCGAGUCAUUGUGUAUCUCACGUGGGAUAUUGAUGAGCUGAGGCAGCUACAACCUUUCAGCUAAUCUUGAGCCAACAGGGACAUCUGUUCCUGUAUUUGUUCCCACCUGUGAUAAUGGAAAGUGGCAUAACACUGGCAUCUAGAUGCAAGUUUGCAGGUGUUUCCAGCAAAAUUGUGGAACAAUCCACCACUCAUGACCAUACUACCAUUCAGGCCUGGGUAUGUGGAUGAAGUUUCAAGAUGCGGUUGACGUCGAAGCCCGGUAUCCACAUAUCGUAUCGAACAGACUACAUGGAAACAAACCUCAAUCUUGGUACCGGAUCGGCUCGUCGUCUCGAACACUCUCGGACAUUUAGUCAUACUUUAUGCCAAAACUCUGCAGGACAAAUCCUGUCGAGAUUCCACCAAUGACUUCGCUAAAAGUAUCCUUUUGAUGAUGAAUUUCAAGGCUGGUGCUUAUCUGGUGAGGUUUUAUCGUUGAUGUGCACUUGCGACAUGCAGUACAUGCUCAACUGAAGGCAUACCUCAAACAUCAACAAAUUGAAAAUGACAUCCGAUGUCUCCUAUUCCUUCCAGACCUCGUCUAUUCUGGCUGAAAAGCCUCCGAUUCGUCACCAGUGAGACAUUUACUCUGCACCGUUUGUAACCAAGCAAGGAAUUUUCCAUCUACUCAUGCAUGAAUAAUCAAAAGCAGGACGUUUUCUAUAGCUCUAAUGUCAAUCCCGGGCGCCAAAGAGUCACAAGUGACUUGUUUCACUCAUCAUCGAGAUACGAAGGGAGAAUGCAAAUCUCGUAUCAUAAUGUCUCAGAAAGGACUUUCCUUGAAAUGUGGAGAAGCGAAGGAUAGCUUAGCUCCUUAUCAUCUCCCGAUGCAACUAAUGAAGUUGGAAGCAUGGAUGGGUGGGCAGCAUAGCUUAAGUGAAAGGUGUGAGUGAGUGCGGAGGUGAUGCAGAAGAUCUCCCGUGGCCAUCUGCAACUUUCUCCAUGCUUGCCUCGAUAGCUCCCGCGGCAGGUAUGGGUAUGGAAUGAACAGGAUCUCAAGAGAACGGGAAUCGUUCAGAAGCUCAGACUCGAUUGGGGAAGUAAUCCAAUGAUUCAGAGAUUCAGGUGGGUGGGCAGUGCUUC